GAUCCUACUGCAAAGAAGAUGCCCAAGAAAAAGGGUGAGGAUGAGAGAGAGGUGCCAGGUGUGAUUCGGAAGAAGGCGGUGAAACAGCUGCUCAAAGAUAUUCCCACCACUGAUUGGCUGCAUGACGGCAACAACUUGCUGUGGACACGAAAGAGUGUGACUACACUUCACGAUCAGCGGAAGGAGGUUGAGGUACCUCCAACGAAAGCUGGCGGAAGGCCGUACUUGGUGGGCCUGGAGGUGAAGUUUGAGCAGCGUGAAAUCGAUCUUUCAUGGUUGCAUCGGCCGCAGGUCAACAAGGACCCUGCGGAGGCCAUGGUGGCAAUAUCAGAACACAAGCGCUUCGUGCAGGUGGCCAUCCGAACCCUGGCGCAAGAGAGGGACGAGCUUAUCGCCCAAGGCCGCAAGGUGAUUUGCGCCGACAACAGGUUGGUCUGCGACGCUGUGACCUUGAAGUACGGACGCGAGAUGUGGUUCGGGUACAUUGGGCAGCUGGAGAUCGUCAACGGAGGGCUUGGGGUCGGUGGCAGAAUCGGCGCCCCGCGCGCGACCUUGAGCCUGAACCUUGUCGCCUCGGUCGGUCUUCCCCAGAUGUCCGUCAUUCAGCUGCUGGGGAAGCUGGGCGCAAAGUAUCCUGGCGACUGGAGGAGCGAGAGAGACGCCGAGAGGGAUGUCGUCUGGCAUUAUUGGGGCAGGCACCGGUCGUUUGAACGGGAAAUCUGA